AAUGUUCUUCCUGUUUCAUUCAUAAUCUUUCUCUUCAACCUCGUUUCUUAUCAUGUAAUAGACUUUCCCUUUCUCUAUACCUUUUCUCCCUUCUUUCCUCACUGUUGCACUUAGCCUCAACUCACUUGUGCAAGCUUCCCCUUUAAUACUAUUCAAUUUUCCACUCUAUGCUGUCUAGUGUAAGUUUUCUUACUGAAAAAACCACGCUGGUAUUAAUUAUUAAGAUAACAAUCUACCUUAGAAGCAUAAAUAAAAUAACAAAAUUCACGUAUCAGAACAAGCAAAAAAAUUGAGAAUGGAUUAUACAUAUCCAGUAGUGAAAGAAGAAUACUUAGAACCCUCAUCAUCAUAUCAAUCAGGUGGUGAAUAUACACCAAUGAUUCCCCCUCCACAGCCAAUGGAGGGGCUUCAUGACACGGGAACCCCUCCAUUUCUCACCAAAACUUUUGAUGUGGUGGGCGACCCAACAACCAACCAUGUAGUUUCUUGGAGCAAAGAUGGCACCAGCUUUGUGGUUUGGGACCCACAUGCCUUCUCCACUGCUCUUCUUCCCAGAUACUUCAAGCACAACAAUUUCUCAAGCUUUGUCAGGCAACUAAACACUUAUGGUUUUAGAAAAAUUGAUCCAGAUAGAUGGGAGUUUGCAAAUGAAGGAUUCAUGAGAGGGCACAGCCACUUGUUGAGGAAUAUAAGGAGAAGGAAGGCACCUUCCCAACUAGCACAAGAUCAACAGUGUGUCGAAGUUGGACGUUUUAGGGUGGAUGAAGAGAUCGAUCGUUUGAGGCAGGACAAGCGGGUGUUGAUGAUGGAGCUUGUGAAUCUAAGACAGCAGCAACAGAAUACCAGAAUGUGCAUGAUGGAGAUGGAGCAAAGGUUACAAGGGACAGAAAUCAAGCAGCAGCAAAUGAUGGCAUUCUUAGCUAGAGCUAUAAAAAAUCCAGCCUUUGUACACCAACUGCUACAGCAGAAGGAGAAAAGAAAGGAGCUUGAAGAAGCCUUGACCAAAAAGAGGAGAAGGCAAAUUGAGCUAGGAGAUUCAACUACUAGAAGUGGGGGUGAAGGAAGGAGCACUGUUAAAGUUGAGCCCGUAGAAUUUGGAGUGUCUGAGUUGGAGAUGUUAGCUAUGGAAAUGCAGGGUUUUGGAAAGGAAAUGGUUGGCCAAGAGGAAGGAGUUGAUAGAGAACUUGAUGAAGAGUUCUGGGAAGAACUACUGUUUAGUGAGAAAUUUGAGGGUCGAUUAGACAUUCCAACAGCUGAAGAUAAAGAUGAAGAUGAAGAUGUCAACGUGUUGGCCAAUCAAUUGGGUUGCUUGGAUUCAAGUCAUUGAGUGAACCACUGAAUCAAGAUUAACCCCUUUUUCAUUCUGUCGAUUAGGUUCAAAAUUCAAGUCAUGUCAAAGUCAAUAUUUAUCCAUAAGAGGCAUCACACUGGUGGAGUCAAAAGUCAUCCUAAUUGGCAAUACAGUAAAAUUAGAAGCAGAACGGAAAUAAUUUGCUUUUGGUGUUUCUAACUCUAUUAUAUGUCCUUUUGUAGCACUUGGUGUGAAACCCCCAAUUCUCACUUUUCUCAAUGUUUAAUGGGGUAGCUUGCUGCUAGUGCUGGUGCUUGGACAAGAAUCUUUGUGAAUGUAGAUCACUCAGAAGGUGUAGAAUGGACAAGAAGUAGCCGAACUCCAACAAUCAUAACUGAAUGUUGCUUAUCAAGAGCCAGUGGGUCGUUAAUUAACGUUGUCGGUUUGAUUUUAUUCCCCUCCUAAUUAUUUUUUUGGUGUGUUUAUCCUUUGCUGUUGUGUGGUCAGAAAGAAAGGAAAAAAAAAAACCGCCGCAGAUAGCUUUAUGGUUGGAUGAUGGUACAUAACUGUAGUAUGAAUAAAGUGUCAUCACAUGCACCUUCAGGUUCCAUUCUCAUUAAAAUAAUCAUUUGCACUUGCAGGCUCUCAAGAUGUCUAGUGUCAGUCUAGAGUAUGAUCAGGUAAUGAUAAGAUUUUAUUUCAUUUUCUUUUCUGUCUUCCCCUUUAGAGUAAUAUAACAGAAUUGUUUCCCUUUCUCUCUUCAAGUUUCAGAUUUGGGAAAAACUAUAGUGGUCUGUAUUAUAUAUCAGGUUUGGCAUCUAUUUGAGUUGUUAACAUGCCUAAUUUUUUGAAUUGAUUGUUACCCUGGACGGAUAAUCUAGGACUGGUAUAGUCGGAGAUUCAGGUGAAGGAUAUGAAGUGAUUGGAGGUGAUUGUUUGGGUUUUCUGAGCCACUGGUCAUGUCGUCAUCUACAAAUAUUAUUGUGGUGUUGUUUCAACAGAUACACGGAAUGAGGAGUGUUUAGAGAGAAAAAGGCAGAUAUAUCCUAGAGAGAUUUAUCUCGAAAGCAACUUCUACCCUUCUGCUUGCUUAUUUUCUUGUCGUAACGGAAUAUUUAAGGUCUAGAAUAUUUCACUCACUCACUAAAGUGAAAACAUAGGUAAAAUAAAAGUUUGUUUACCC